CUCUCCCAUGCACACCCCUCGGAGGGAGGCAGGAAAUGCUUCCCAGGCAAUCUGGGCCUGCUGGUGGAGGCCCCUCUCGCAAAACAUCAGUCUGAGCGCAGGAGACAGAAGUCCCGGGAGCGCCUUGACAGGCUCCUGCUCCGGCUGAGGCUCCCUCCAGCUGCCGGGGGUGUUUUUGUGAGGAUCACACACUGCGCAGAACUGCUUAGAAUAGAGCCAUGAUCUCAACCAACGGUCCGGGAACGUAGAUGCUGGGGAAACUAACGGCGCAGCAGACUUCUUGGCUAACCUGAGAGUUGAACUAUGUCACGCCUGGGCGUCGCAGCUCCUCCCGGUCUAGGUGGUGAAAUAAGAAAACUCACUGUCUUCUUCAGUCAGCAAAUUUGAAGUUCUUUCACCGAGUUCCAUCUCCUUUGGCCUCACAUGGAAUAUAUUUCUGUAUCUGUUGUUAAACUACAAUGACAUGUCUGUAGCUAUCAGGAAGAGAAGCUGGGAAGAACAUGUGACCCAAUGGAUGGGACAGCCUUUCAGUUCUGAUGAUCAUAACACAGCAUGUCAUCAUGGACUCGUAGCUGACAGCCUGCAGGCAAGCAUGGAAAAAGAUGCAACUCUAAAUGCGGACCACAAGGAGAAGUGUGUCUCCCUACCGGACUGCUGCCAUGCAUCAGAGCUGAGAGAUUUUCCUGGGAGGCCAAUGGGUCACAUUUCAAAGGAGGUGGAUGAAAGUGACAGCCAGGAAGGUGAAGAUCAGUUUCUGUCUCUGGAAGCCAGCACGGAAACCCUGGUGCAUGUUUCUGAUGAGGAUACCGAUUCUGAUCCAUGUCUUACAGAGGAUAAACAGAUCCUAACGUCCCACAGGCACAAAACCUCAGACCAGCACAGCGUCCAAGGAGCAGGCUCCUUAGUCCAGACGCUGCCUACCACGGAAAGAAACCAAGAUUCUUACAACUCCUGGGGAGUGGCUGGCGGAGCUGAAUUGGCCCUCGUGGAAGCAAGUAGGGAGAGUAAAGUGAUUGACAUUAUAAGUAAAAGCCUGGAGCUUUGUAAGGAUAUAAGCUUAAGUGAAAUAAAAGAUGCGUCCCAAACACAUGGAUGUGAGUCGUUGAAUGUGAAGGACAUCGUGCCUGAGAAGCAAUUGCUUAAUUCUGCUGUGAUUGCUCAGCAACGAAGGAAACCCGACUUCCCCAAGGAGGAGCAUGAAAGAAACACCUGCUGUGCGGUGCAAGAUGAGUUUUUCGCUGGUCCCUGUGCAGACAGAGGACUGCUGUUAUCAAAAGCAGAUACUGAGGGCUGCCUCCUGCAGCCUCCUUCCUGCCCUGGUGGAAUGUCCGCAGAAAAUGGUCUGCAGAGGGGUGGCUUCUCAGAACAUCAAAACAAACGUCUUCCAAAGGUCAGCUCGGGAGAUGGCAUGCGGUGUUUACACUCCAAGGAACCUCUGACCACCCAGGAACCCACAGAGAAUCAAGUCAGACUUCGCAAGAGAAGGGAAAGGAAAGAAGACCGAGACAGGGCGCGGCUGGACUCCAUGGUGCUGCUCAUUAUGAAACUGGACCAGCUUGACCAGGACAUUGAGAAUGCUCUCAGCGCCAGCUCCUCUACAUCCAGCACACCCACCAACCUGCGGCGGCACGUUCCUGACCUGGAGUCGGGAUCUGAGAGUGGAGCAGAUACCAUUUCAGUAAAUCAGACACCAACACAUUUGUCUUCUAACACCGAGUCCACUGACCUGCCAUCUGCCACCCCAGUGACGAAUUCUGGAACCAAGCCCAAGUCUACCACGGCUCUCCCAGGUAUUUCAGAGAAGGAAAUGGCUGAAAUUGAAGCCAAAGAAGCUUGUGAUUGGCUACGGGCAACGGGUUUCCCCCAGUAUGCACAGCUUUAUGAAGCACUUGGUGGGGAGGGAGGUGUUUGCUCUGCACACAAUCUCCUGUUCCCUAUCGAUAUUUCCUUGGUCAAGAGAGAGCAUGACUUUCUGGACAGAGACGCCAUCGAGGCUCUAUGCAGGCGUCUAAACACUUUAAACAAAUGUGCGGUGAUGAAACUGGAAAUCAGUCCUCAUCGGAAAAGAAGCGAGGACUCGGACGAGGAUGAGCCUUGCGCCAUCAGCGGCAAGUGGACCUUCCAGAGGGACAGCAAGCGGUGGUCCCGGCUGGACGAGUUCGACGUCUUCUCCCCGAAGCAGGACCCGGUCCCGGGGUCCCCCGAGGAGGCUCCCCGCCUGCAGGGCGCCCCGAGCCACGAGAGCAUGCUGACGGACCUCAGCGAGCGCCAGGACGCGAACUCCGUCCGCAGCCUCAGCAGCACCAGCAGCCUCCCCGCCCACGUGGCCCACGGCAACGGCGGGGACACGGCCACGCCCACGGCCACGGCCACGCCCCGGACCGACUCGGUCCUCAGCGUCUGCUCCUCCUCCGCCGGCCACCACCACGACGACGACUCCUUCUGCAGCCUGCCCUCCCCCAAGGAGCUGUCCAGCUUCAGCUUCGGCACGAGGGUCCCCGAGAAGGCGGCCGCGGCCAAGACGUCCAAGACGCGCAGCCUGCUGAAGCGCAUGGAGAGCCUCAAGCUGCGGGGCUCGCAGCACGGCAAGCACAAGGCGGCGGCGGCGGCGGCCACGGCGGCACCCCCCAGGCUGGGGCUCCUCAUCAGCGGGCCCGUCCUGCAGGGGGGCCUGGACGAGGACAAGCUGCGGCGGCUCAACUGCGUGGAGAUCGCCGCGCUGCACGGCAACCACAUCCACGUGCCGCCCGCGCGCAAGAGGAGCGUGUCCAACUCCACGCAGACCAGCAGCAGCAGCAGCCAGUCCGAGACCAGCAGCGCCGUGAGCACGCCCAGCCCCGUCACCCGCACCCGCAGCCUCAGCGCCUGCAACAAGCGCGGCGGCAUGUACCUGGAGGGCUUCGACCCCUUCCGCCCGCCCGCCUUCCCCGACGUGGCCGAGCGCAACCUCAGGAACCACCGCCGCGGCCGCGGCCCCGAGGAGGACGCCGUGUUCUACAUCCCCGAGGACCACAAGCCCGGCACCUUCCCCAAGGCCCUCUCCCACGGCAGCUUCUCCCCCGCCGGGGGCAACGGCGGCUCCUCCGUGGUCAACUGGAGGACGGGGAGCUUCCACGGGCCCGGCCGCGUCAGCCUGCGGAGGGAGCACGGCGGCGGCGGCGGAGGGGGCGGCGGCGGCCCCCAGGAGCUGAAGCGGCGCAACUCCUCCAGCUCCGUGAGCAGCCGCCUGAGCAUCUACGACAACGUGCCGGGCUCCAUCCUGUACUCCAGCUCGGGCGACCUGGCCGACCUGGAGCACGAGGACAUCUUCCCCGAGCUGGACGACAUCCUGUACCACGUGAACGGCAUGCAGAGGAUCGUGAACCAGUGGUCGGAGAAGUUCUCGGACGAGGGGGACUCGGACUCGGCCCUGGACUCCGUGUCGCCCUGCCCGUCCUCCCCGAAGCAGAUCCACCUGGACGUGGACCACGACCGCGCCACGCCCAGCGACCUGGACAGCACCGGCAACUCGCUCAACGAGCCCGAGGAGCCCGCCGACAUCCCCGAGAGGAGGGACUCCGGGGUGGGGGCCUCCCUGACGAGGUCCAACAGGCACCGGCUGCGGUGGCACAGCUUCCAGAGCUCGCACCGGCCCAGCCUCAACUCGGUGUCGCUGCAGAUCAACUGCCAGUCCGUGGCCCAGAUGAACCUGCUGCAGAAGUACUCGCUCCUGAAGCUCACGGCCCUGCUGGAGAAGUACACGCCCUCCAACAAGCACGGCUUCAGCUGGGCCGUGCCCAAGUUCAUGAAGAGGAUCAAGGUUCCCGACUACAAGGACCGGAACGUGUUCGGCGUCCCCCUGACCGUGAACGUGCAGCGCUCGGGCCAGCCCCUGCCCCAGAGCAUCCAGCAGGCCAUGCGCUACCUCCGCAACCACUGCCUGGACCAGGUCGGGCUCUUCAGGAAGUCGGGCGUUAAGUCCCGGAUCCAGGCCCUGCGCCAGAUGAACGAGAGUGCCCUCGACUGUGUCAGCUACGAGGGGCAGUCCGCUUACGACGUGGCCGACAUGUUGAAGCAGUAUUUCCGAGAUCUCCCGGAGCCGCUCAUGACGAACAAACUCUCGGAAACCUUCCUGCAGAUCUACCAGUAUGUGCCCAAGGACCAGCGCCUGCAGGCCAUCAAGGCGGCCAUCAUGCUGCUGCCGGACGAGAACCGGGAGGUGCUGCAGACGCUGCUGUACUUCCUGAGCGACGUGACGGCCGCGGUGAAGGAGAACCAGAUGACGCCCACCAACCUGGCCGUGUGCCUGGCGCCCUCACUCUUCCACCUCAACACGCUAAAGCGGGAGAACUCCUCCCCCAGGGUAAUGCAAAGAAAACAGAGCUUGGGCAAACCAGAUCAGAAAGAUCUGAAUGAAAACCUCGCUGCCACUCAAGGGCUGGCCCAUAUGAUUGCUGAGUGCAAGAAGCUUUUCCAGGUUCCUGAGGAAAUGAGCCGAUGCCGCAACUCCUACACCGAGCAAGAGCUGAAGCCGCUCACGCUCGAGGCGCUGGGACGCCUCUGCGCCGACGAGUCCGCCGACUACCGGCACUUCCUGCAGGACUGCAUGGACAGCCUGUUCAAGGAGGUCAAAGACAAGUUCAAAGGCUGGGUCAGCUGCUCCACGUCCGAGCAGGCCGAGCUGUCCUAUAAGAAGGUGAGCGAAGGGCCCCCUCUGAGGCUUUGGCGGUCGACCAUCGAAGUCCCCGCGACGCCCGAGGAGGUCUUGAAGCGCCUUCUGAAAGAGCAGCACCUCUGGGACGUAGACCUGUUGGACUCCAAAGUGAUCGAGAUCCUGGACAGCCAGACUGAGAUCUACCAGUACGUCCAGAACAGCAUGGCGCCCCAUCCCGCUCGGGACUACGUCGUUCUGAGGACAUGGAGGACUAACUUGCCCAAGGGGGCGUGUGCCCUUCUACUCACGUCCGUGGAUCACGACCGGGCACCAGUGGUGGGGGUGAGGGUCAACGUGCUCCUGUCCCGGUAUCUGAUCGAGCCCUGCGGGUCAGGGAAAUCCAAACUCACCUACAUGUGCAGGGCUGACUUACGGGGCCACAUGCCAGAGUGGUACACGAAAUCUUUCGGACAUUUGUGCGCAGCCGAGGUUGUCAAGAUCCGAGACUCGUUCUCCCACCAGCACGCCGAAAGCAAGGACACCAAGUCCAGGUGAUCGCCAAGGCAGCGCCCCGGUGUCCUCCUCCCCACCUUCCGGGCCUGGGUCCCCAGAGCGCCCCCUCGCUGUCCUUGGAAGCACGGGUUCUGCGUCUCAUCCUGAAACAGAACUGCAAGUUGGAGCAUAGGAAUAUUCGACUGUAGGGAUUUGAUACAUUUUUCAAAGCUGCUUCCUAUUGGUUUAAGGUCUGUGUUCUAUAGAUCUUGACUGGAAUAUAGAUGACUGCAAAAAAAAAUGCACUCUUACGCGAGUUGCUUCUGAGAAGCAAACCUAUAAAUACCUUACAGAAGAUGAUGAAGAUACCUUCAUUCUCUUGUGAUCUUGGUGUAUGUUGUACCCAUGUCAUUGUGUUGGCAGCGUGUGGCGGGGCUGGCGUAUCCACUGGAAUAGUUGGUACUCUUUGACAGGUUUUCUCACUGAGAUGAGCGAAGACAAGGUUUGCACAGAGAGAGACGUGUGUGUAUGUUUGUUGCUGGUCGAAUGGCACCGAUGUGGACGUUGGGACACAGUGUCUGGCACACUGAGAUGCCUCCAAGAAGGAUGUUGAUGAUCAGGUUCGGUUUAGCCUGGAAUAGCUGACUACCCAUGGGUCCACCCAGAAACUUAAAAGGGAACUCUCUUAUUUUGAGGGGACAGGCAGCCUAUCCUUGUCCUUUUUUUUUUUUUUUUUUUCCUUGAGUUUUUAAACAGACUCCUCCAUCAACUUCUUCUUUACCUACAAAAGGAUUGUAGUGAAUGUACUCGCAUUUCCCGUUUCAAACACAGUUUCUCUCUAGACCUGAUUGCACAAGUUGUUUGUAGGUUAUUAACAGCAUUUUGAAAGCUGAACAGGUUUAUUAAUUUCAUUUGCCUUUAACAGCAAAUAGAAUUUCUGCCUUUUUUUUUUUUUUUUUUUUUUUUUUUUUUUUUUUUUCUUCUUCUUCUUCUUCUUUUUCUCUUGUUGUUUUUUGGUUGUUUUGUUUUGGUGGGGGUUUUUUCUUUUUUGUUUGUUUGUUUUGCUUUGCUUUUUCUAUCCUUUUCCUUUAUAAUGAUGUCCUUGGAAUAUCUUUUCAUGGUAAUGGCAAACAGGUAUCACAGGAAAAAAGCAAGAUCCCAGCACAGUUCUGGAAGGGUGGUCUUUAUACAGGUUUUACUGUAAUGGGAAAGGUCGGCUUCAGAGACAGUAUUAGUGAAUUUAUUUAGUGUGGGUCAAAGUGAGUAAUGUGUGAAUGAGAGUUGCAAGAAGGAUUUUUAUUUUGUUAUAAUUUAGUUACCAUUGUCAGUGUUAUUUCUUUGAAGAAUUGGUGGGGACAGACUAGAGUGUUAAAAAUUUGAGUAUUUUUGGAUAUCAGUGUUUUUUCAUGAAGAUAUACUUGUAUAUUCCAUUUUAAUGGCUUUCAGAUUUGUAAGAUUGUAUGUUGUAUAUACCAUUCUAUUAAGACACGUGUACACAGGUCCACUGUGCUUUCAAACAUAGAUUAAGCAUGAUAAAGAUUAUUAUUUAAAAUAUACUUGUAUUUAUACCUCAGAUAUUCUUUUGGGUUUUGUACCUCAAGGCUGUUUUUGUUCCCCCGCCCCCCCAAUGUAAAUACACGUACAUGAAUACAGUCUAAGAGAAAAAGUAAAUAAGAGAAGAGGUUUAUAAUGUGCCCUGUAUCUGUACAGAAUAUAAUCAGUAAGUGCACUAUUAAAUGUUUAAGGGAAGAGUCUGGCCUGCUCUCCUCUGCAAUGCAUCCUCCUCCCCCCCACCCUGAAAACCACAGACUGCGAGGCGCAUUGUUCUAGCACGUCAUCCCAAGGCCAGACUGGAGCUGAGCCACACACAUGAGCACCCAGGGAGCCCCGGAGAAGGUUCUGGAAGCCUGGAGAUGCACUCCGGAGGCUGCUGGGAAACAAUGCUGAGCAAGUUACAAGAACACAGAUGCUCCUAAGCAAAGCCAUGGUCACCGGUUCACCCCCCCACGAUUUGGCUCUCCUGUUGAGAGGAUUGCUUCCACAUCUGACAAGAGGAGAUGCCAAAGGCGGUGAACCUGGGCAAGGACUCUCACCCGGAGUGGUAUCGCCACCACGUCCUAACGGUGACUCCUGGCUGAGAUGGUGAGGUCUCCCGGAGGGCGGGCCUCUCCUCCUGCACAUCUGUAUUCCCCCGCAGCAGCUUUCCGUGUUUGUACUUGUAGGCACCUAAUAAAUUGGUAAUUUGCUAAAUGGGA